UAUACACAUCGCAAAUAUGUCUGCCGAAGAAGUCAUCAUGGACACCCAGGAAGUCGAAGUUGCCGCUGAAGUCAGCAAGGGACAGAUGUCCGUUGAGGAAGCCCUCCAGGAUGUCCUCCGUCGUGCUCUCGUUCACGAUGGUCUUGUCCGUGGUUUGAAGGAGUCCGUCAAGGCCCUUGACAGACGUCAGGCCCAUUUGGCUGUUCUCUGCGAGUCCUGCACUGAGGCCGAGUACCUCAAGCUUGUCGAGGCUCUCUGUGCUGAGCACAACAUCAACCUCAUCAAGGUUUCUGAUGCCAAGAAGCUCGGUGAAUGGGCUGGUCUCUGCAAGAUCGAUCGUGAGGGUAACGCCCGCAAGGUUGUUGGCUGCUCCUGCGUUGUCGUCACUGACUUUGGAGAGGAAUCCGAGGCCAUGAACGUCCUCUUGGAUUACUUCAAGACCCGUUAAAAUGUCUAUUUAAUCUUAACGAACAAACCAAAAAAAAAUCGAAUAAAAUAUAAAGAUGUGUUGCUUUUAUAUUAAUC